GAAAAUGGCACCAAACUCUGUGGUAGUAACAAUUGAGAAGCCCAACAGCAUCCCUUUAAUAGAGAUCAAUAGUUCAGAUUCUUCAGUGUUUGAAGAGAAACAAAAGGGUGUAAGCCCCAAGCAAUUCACAUGGUUUAUUCUUCUCAAAGCUCAGAGAGCUAUGUCUUGCCUUCCAUGGCUGGCAAUGGGCUUCUUGAAAAUGUUUGUUUCAGUCAAGAAACGCAUUGCAUUAUCGGAUAUAGGCGAAGAAAACCCAAAAUACAAAGGGAAGUUGUAUCAAUUUAUAAGAGCUUUUCUUGCCAUUUCAGUUGUAGCUUUGGUGAUAGAAGUCAUGGCCUAUUUCAAUAAAUGGAAUUUGAAUAUGACUAAUCCUUGGGAGGUUCAGAGUCUCGUGCGAUGGUCUUACAUGGCUUGGCUUUCUUUUCGAGUAGAUUAUGCUGCUCCUUUCAUUUUAAUGCUUUCCAAAUUCUGCAUUGUGCUUUUCAUGAUUCAAUCAUUGGAUCGGUUAGUCCUUUGUAUUGGUUGCUUUUGGAUUAAGUUCAAGAAGUUGAAGCCAGUGAUUGAAGGAGAACCUUAUGAUAUUGAGGAUGGUUCAAGUUUUCCAAUGGUUCUUGUUCAGAUUCCUAUGUGCAAUGAAAAAGAGGUAUAUGCGCAAUCAAUAUCUGCUGCCUGUCAGCUGGAUUGGCCAAAGGACCGGCUUUUAAUUCAAGUCUUAGAUGAUUCAGAUGAUGAAAUUGUACAGCUACUGAUAAAAAAUGAAGUUUACUCAUGGAAAGAAAAAGGGGUGAACAUUAUAUACAGACAUCGGUUCAUCAGAACUGGCUAUAAAGCUGGCAAUCUUAAAUCUGCCAUGGCCUGUGACUAUGUCAAAGACUAUGAAUUCGUCGCAAUAUUUGAUGCAGACUUCCAACCCAAUCCUGACUUCCUCAAACUGACAAUUCCUCACUUUAAGGGGAACCCUGAAUUAGGCCUUGUCCAGGCUCGAUGGGUAUUCGUGAACAAAGAUGAAAAUUUACUGGCAAGGCUGCAGAACAUCAAUCUAUGCUUCCAUUUUGAGGUGGAGCAGCAAGUCAAUGGUGUUUUCCUCAAUUUCUUCGGGUUCAAUGGAACAGCCGGUGUCUGGAGAAUCAAGACUUUGGAGGACUCUGGAGGUUGGCUUGAAAGGACCACAGUAGAGGAUAUGGACAUUGCAGUCCGAGCACACUUGCAUGGUUGGAAAUUUAUUUACCUUAAUGAUGUUAGAGUGCUUUGUGAAUUGCCAGAGUCUUAUGAAGCAUACAAAAAGCAGCAGCAUCGUUGGCAUUCUGGUCCAAUGCAGCUCUUCAGAUUAUGUCUUCCUGCCAUCAUAAGAUCCAAGAUAUCUACAUGGAAGAAGGCAAACUUGAUAUUUCUCUUCUUUCUCUUGAGGAAACUGAUUCUUCCCUUUUACUCAUUUACUCUAUUUUGCAUCAUUCUUCCAUUAACCAUGUUCAUCCCCGAGGCUGAAUUACCAGUAUGGGUAAUCUGUUACGUCCCCAUUACCUUGUCGAUUUUGAACAUUCUCCCUGCACCAAAGUCUUUUCCAUUUCUGAUGCCAUACCUACUGUUCGAGAACACCAUGUCUGUGACAAAAUUCAAUGCAAUGGUGUCCGGGUUAUUUCAGCUUGGAAGUGCCUAUGAAUGGAUAGUGACAAAGAAAACAGGCAGAUCAUCUGAAUCUGACUUAUUAGCCUUUGCAGAGAGAGAAUCAAAAACUGUAAAUGAAGAGAAAAUCCAAAGAAGGCUUUCUGAAUCUGGUUUAGAAAUGUUGGGGAAACUGAAAGAACAAGACACCCCGGUUGUAAAGAAGAGAAACAAGCUCUAUAGGCAGGAACUUGCCCUUGCUUUUCUGCUACUCACUGCAUCAGCAAGAAGCUUAUUAUCUGCACAUGGAAUUCAUUUCUAUUUCUUGUUGUUUCAAGGGUUGUCUUUCCUUGUAGUUGGUUUGGAUUUAAUUGGUGAGCAAGUAAGCUGAGACGGAAUGCUAAGGUUUCAAGGUUCAAGGCUAAAGCUUUCCAGAGACUUGUGAUGAGAUUUGUAUAAGCGAGUCCUUGUUCUGCUGCAUUACAAACUUGGGCUGGAACUGGACUUCAUACAGAUUAGUUAGACCAUGUGAGGCUGAAGUUAAUAUGAAAGAAAGCACACACAUAUAUAUAUAUAUAUUGAGAGAGAGAGAGAGAGA